AUGAAAAGGGUUAUUAAGUACGAAUUCCUUAACAAGGCCGAACUCGAAUACGAAGUGAAGAUUAGAUAUGAGGAACCAGCUAAUACUGUUUUACUUCUAAAAAAACAGGUUUUGCGUUUAGUUGCGAAUUCUCACCCUGAAGAUAUUCUGACUUCUCCAAUUCCGAUUGAGGAUGACUUGUCUCAAAUUGAUUCUACUUUGACCUACUUGGACUGUAAAAUUAAAAAAAUUUUACAAGGCGAAACCAAAUACUUGCGACUAUUAGAAACUUUUAUUAAUCAUGUCUUUUACAGAUUGGAACGAAUAGAUACUGACUUAUAUCCAGACUUUAAAGCUAUUUUCGAUACUUUGAAGAUGAAAUAUGAUGAUAUUACUAAACAAUUUGAAUCCUUGACUCCAGCUCCAACUGAAAAUGACCCUCCUAUUGACCCGACUGUCACGGUUGACCCGACUGUCACGGAACUCCCUCUUGUUUCUCAAACUUCUAUUCAGGUCCAUACCCCGUAUCCUCCACCACCACCUCAAUCUUUUUCUCCAACCAACGUCUUCAAAGAUCUGAAAAGACACACCUUCAAUGGUAAAAGCUGUCCAAGAUCCUUUCUUCAAAAACUGGAAGAAUACUGUAUAGCUCGUGGCUUGUCCAAAGACUUGUUGAUUUCACAAGCGUUUGAAAUUUUCACUGACAAUGCUCUUCAUUGGUUCAGAUUUAAAUAUAAUCAGAAUCCAAACUUAACGUGGAACGAACUUUCUUCGUUAUUAAUCAAAGACUUUGGUGGUUUUGAUUAUGAUCACAAACUUUUAGAAGCGAUUAGGAAUCGAACUCAAGGUCGAGAUGAACCUAUUGUCAUCUAUAUUUCCAUCAUGUCUGGAAUGUUUUCUCGUCUUUCGAAGAAACUUUCUGAAACAGAACAAUUGGAGAUUAUUUUGAGGAAUAUUCGCCCAUGUUAUUCAGUCUUCGUAGCUCUAAAAGACAUUGACUCUAUCGACUCUCUUUUGGCUACUUGCCAAAACUAUGAAAAAUUCCUAGACAGAGACAAACAAUUUAAAGAACCAAAUGUACAACAAAGUCCUCUUAUUUCUGAAUUCAACUACAAGCAUUCCAGUUGUUCAAGUUCAGUUGACUCUCCAAAUUCUUCUAAUAACUCACGAUCUUCUCCUCCCCUCAUGAAUAAAUUCACUUCAUCCUACAAAUACCCUUCUAGACAAGUUAAUAGUCUCCCUCAAACUAAAGCUCCUCAAGAAAGCUCCUUUUGUGUUCGCUGUCGUAAACAAGGUCAUUCUUUGAACACCUGUACUCAACCACGAUUCUUCAAAAAACUAACUACUGACUUGAAAAGUAACUUAAACUUUGAUAACGACGAUUGGACUAAUUGGAUUAAAACAAUUCAAAACUUCUUUUCUUGUUACAAAAUCUCUUCUACACUCUACUCCAAGGAACAAGAUCUUAAUCGUCCAUUCGUUAAUGUCAAAAUUUAUAACUUAACUUUAUCUGGUUUACUAGAUUCUGGCAGUUCAGUAACUAUUCUGGGUAAUAAUUCUCAUUUGGAAAUUCUUAAACUGGGCUGCAAACUUUUCAAGUCAGAUCUUAUUACUGUCUCUACUGCUAAUAAUCAAAAGGUUAAUUCCUUGGGUUAUUUUGACUUACCUGUUCAUUUCAAUAAUCAAACUCAUUUAAUUAAAGCUUACGUUUUCCCUGAAAUAUUCCCUUCGCUAAUAUUAGGUAUUGACUUUUGGAGAAAAUUUAAUCUUUUACCUAGUGUUUUAUCUUCUCUUAACUUUACAGAAUCUAAAUGCUCUGCUAUCGAAACUAAAGAUACUAAAGUUUUACCUUAUGAGCAUUUAACUCCUAAUCAAAAGAACAUCGCUAAUGACAUCAUCCAACGCUUCAAGACAAUUUCUUUUGAAGAAAAAGGUAUCCUGGGAUGCACACACUUAAUCACCCACAAGAUUGACACUGGUGAUUCUCUUCCAAUCAAACAAAGAUGUUACAGACUGUCUCCUGAAAAACAAAAGGCGUUAAUUAAUGAAGUUGACAAGAUGCUGCGAUGGAACGUCAUUGAACAAUGCGAAAGUCCUUGGUUAUCUCCAGUUCUCAUCACUCCGAAGAAGAAUGGUGAAUGGCGUUUCUGCGUAGACAGCAGGAAGCUUAACUCAGUUACACGUCGUGAUGCUUAUAGUCUGCCACUAAUAAGCGAAAUUUUGGACAACUUGAGGAAUGCCAAAUACUUAUCAAGCAUCGACAUUGCGAAAGCAUUUUGGGAGAUUCCCUUGAAUCCUGCUGAUAAGGAUAAAACUGCAUUUUAUGUACCUGGAAGAGGUAUGUUUAGAUUCAAGUUAAUGCCUUUUGGUCUUUCUAACUCACCUGCAACUCUACAAAGAUUAAUGGAUAUGCUUUUUACUCCUGAAUUUGAGAACAAGGUAUUUUGCUAUCUGGACGACAUCGUUAUCAUUAGUGAGACUUUUGAUGAACACAUAUCACUCCUUAUGAAAGUUCAUGAAAAACUUUCAUAUGCUAAUCUGACUAUUAACUUUGAGAAGAGUCAACUCUUCAGGAAAGAACUGAAAUACCUUGGUUUUCUAGUGGACGAGUACGGUCUACGUGCUGAUCCAGAUAAAAUAAAAGCUAUAUUAGAAUAUCCUGUACCUACUUGUAGAAAAGAAGUGCGAAGAUUCAUAGGCACCUGCAGCUGGUUCAGAAGAUUCAUUCCAAACUUUAGCACUAUUGCCUCUCCACUCAAUCAACUAACCUGUUCCGGGAAGAACGCUCCUAAAUUUCUUUGGAAUUCACAAGCUGCAGCUGCUUUCCAGAAACUUAAAGAAGCUUUGGUAACUGCUCCUGUCCUUGCUUGUCCUAACUUCGAACUACCCUUCUCUGUACAUUGUGAUGCAUCAAACUAUGGCAUAGGAGCAAUGCUUACUCAACAUCAAGAUGACAAAGAAGUCGUGAUUGCUUACAUGAGUAAAGCACUAAACAAAAAUCAACAGAACUACUCAACUACUGAAAGAGAAACAUUAGCUGUAAUAACUGCGUUAGAACAUUGGCGAUGUUACCUAGACAAUGGUAAAGAAUUUACAAUAUAUACUGACCAUGCUGCACUUAAAUGGUUUCAGAACUUAUCGAAUCCAUCAGGAAGACUUGCUCGCUGGACUUUACGCUUAUCUUGCUUUAACUUUGUCCUGAAACAUAAAAAAGGAAAGGAUAACGUUGUUCCUAAUUUAUUAUCAAGACAUAUGAAUCAAGAACGUCCUGAUACACGAAAAAUUUCACCUCAAGGCGUACAUCCUAUUACGAUUGAAGAACCACCUGAUCGUAAACUUGAGCACUACAACAAGAUUUUUCUCGGAUGCUCCAACAAUCCAGACUCAUAUCCCAACUACACUAUCAGGGAUAACAAACUUUACCGCUGCAUCCAUUCUCCCGAUCGUCUAAACGAUGACUUUAUUUGGAAAGAAGUUCCACUACCUCAAGAUAGACAUGCAAUUAUUGAAGUUAACCAUGGUUCCCCUUCAGAACUCCAUCUUGGUAUCUUCAAGACAUUCAAGAAAAUAUCUUUAAAAUACUAUUGGCCUGGUAUGUUUAAGGAUAUUGCCAAUUUAAUCUCAACUUGUGAAACCUGCUUAACCUACAAACACCCUAAUCAUUCUCCCUAUGGUCUUAUGGGCCUAUUUUUGGGCGGGGACGGGGAGGACGCGAUCAAUGAUGGCGUGCCCUUCGUCCAAAACUAG